CAAUUAAUCGAAUCAGCUAACAACUAUAAACAUUCAACAGUUCUCCCUGCCCCCCCGCCGCCACCGCUUCUCAGCUUCUUACUCUCUCUCUCUCUCUCUCCUCUUUCUCCCAUUUUCCUCUUCCUCUGUUCUUCGCCAUCUUUCAUCUUCUGCUAAGAUAUUAAUUAAAUUAGGUGGUGAAGAUGAUUGCGGCAAUUUCAUGGGUUCCAAAGGGAGUUGCAAAAACUGUACCAGAAGUUGCUGACCCUCCUUCUAAAGAAGAAAUCGAAGAGAUGCUUCGAAGUGGCGCUCUUGAUGAUGUUGAUGGUGAGCAUGAUGAUGAAGGAGACAUGGAAACAGAUAGCAUCAAGGCGGAUGAUGAAAUUGCACUUGCAUCAGUUGCUGCAGAGGCACUUGGAAAGGAUUCUGGUGAUAUAGUUGAUGCCUUCAAGGAACUUGACAUGGACCGUUAUGAUGAUGAGGACGAUGAUGGCAUCAAUGUCUUCAGUAAAGGGCUUGGUGAUGCUUUUUAUCCCAGUAAUGAAGUGGAUCCAUACCUCAAGGAUCAUGAUGAUAAUGAUUCGGAGGAAGAAGAGGAUAUGAUCAUAAGAGCGGAGGAUUCAGUAAUUGUUUGUGCACGUAAUGAAGAGGACAUCAGUCAACUUGAGGUUUAUAUCUUUGAAGAAACGGAGGAUGGGCCAAACUUGUAUGUUCACCAUGAUAUCAUUAUUUCAGCAUUUCCUUUAUGCACAGCAUGGCUUGAUUGUCCUCUAAAGGGUGGAGAAAAAGGAAAUUUCAUUGCUGUAGGCUCAAUGGAGCCUUCAAUUGAAAUAUGGGAUCUUGAUGUUAUUGAUGAAGUUGAACCAUCACUAGUGUUAGGCGGUAUUGUUGAGAAGAAGAAAAAAGGAAAGAAGAAAUCUAUCAAGUACAAAGAGGACAGUCACACUGACUCGGUGCUUGGCCUUGCCUGGAACAAGGAGUUCCGGAAUAUACUUGCUAGUGCCGGUGCAGACAAACAAGUUAAGAUAUGGGAUGUGGCUACUGGGAAGUGUAGUAUCACCAUGGAUCACCACACAGACAAGGUUCAAGCUGUUGCAUUUAGUCAUCAUGUACCACAAAUUCUUUUAAGUGGAUCUUUCGAUCAUUCAGUCGUCAUGAAGGAUGGGAGGAAGCCUUCUCACUCUGGAUAUAGGUGGUCCGUUGCAGCUGAUGUUGAGAGCUUGGCGUGGGACCCACAUACAGAGCACUCUUUUGUUGUUAGCCUUGAGAAUGGUAUCAUUCAGGGUUUUGACAUUCGAGCUGCUAGUUCCAAUCCAGAUUCAGAAUUGAAGCCUAGUUUUACCCUUCAUGCACAUGACAAAGCCGCCAGCUCCAUCUCAUAUAAUGCCUCCAUACCUAAUCUCCUUGCUAGUGGCUCUACUGAUAAAAUGGUUAAACUAUGGGAUUUGUCGAAUAACCAGCCUUCCUGUAUUGCUUCCAAGAAUCCUAAAGCUGGAGCUGUCUUUUCAGUUUCCUUUUCAGUGGAUAAUCCUUUUUGGCUUGCUAUUGGAGGUUCUAAGGGAAAAUUAGAAGUGUGGGAUACAUUUUCUGAAGCAGGAGUUGAAAAGAAGUAUGUUAAUAAAAGUGCCAAGAAGUCUUAAUUUAAUAAAUUGGAAAGAUGAGUAGUCUAUGAUAUUAUUGAUCAUUUUACUAGCAGUUGUGAUCAUGAAAUUUUGGUCUUUAAAGUUCUUGGUUCUCCUUUUGUGUAUUGUUAUAGUUUAUAGGGUAAGAUAGGCCUUUCCUCAAAUUUUUUAGAGGGCUUGAUUGGUAUUGUCAAAUGCAUGGGGUUCUUAAUUAACAAAUUUUGAUUUUGAAAAUCAAAGAUGUCAUAUUGAGCCUUUUGAUGGUGUUGUAAAAUUAUGAAUUUCCCACUGUAUAUGGAUGAUCCUUUUGUUUGCAUUUGUGAGAUUUCAGUUCUCACGAAGAGUUUUUGGAAUUUAUUUAAUUUAUUUUGGUA